GCCACCUAUAUAAACGAACUUCAACCCUAAUCUUCAUUUUUACCGGCCUCCAAUCCUUCAACACUUUUUUUUUUCUUUCACAAAAUCGAACAGAGGUUAAAGUGACGGCGCCGAUUGGCUGUCCGCCUUGACUGAGCUUCCGGCAUCGUCUUGGCCCUCGAUUUUGCACUUUAAAACCUUUUUUUUUUACCACUAAACCUUUUUUGUUUUUAGAAAUGGCAGUGAAACCCUCCAAGGCCGAUAAGAAAAUCGCCUACGACGCGAAACUAUGCCAGCUUUUAGACGAGUACACCCAAAUUUUAAUCGCCGCCGCCGACAACGUGGGUUCUAACCAGCUCCAGAACAUUCGUAAAGGUCUCCGAGGUGACUCAGUUGUUCUUAUGGGGAAGAAUACUAUGAUGAAAAGGUCGGUUAGGAUGCAUGCUGAGAAGACCGGGAACCAAGCUUUUCUUAACCUUAUCCCCUUGCUUCAGGGUAAUGUGGGUUUGAUCUUUACUAAGGGUGACUUGAAGGAAGUAAGUGAGGAAGUUGCCAAGUACAAGGUCGGAGCUCCUGCUCGUGUUGGUCUAGUUGCACCAAUUGAUGUGGUUGUUCCACCAGGCAACACUGGGCUUGACCCAUCACAGACCUCUUUCUUCCAGGUGCUGAAUAUUCCAACCAAGAUUAACAAGGGUACUGUCGAAAUUAUCACCCCUGUCGAGCUUAUCAAGAAAGGUGAAAAGGUUGGUUCUUCUGAGGCUGCACUUCUUGCCAAGCUUGGAAUCAGGCCCUUCUCAUACGGUCUUGUCGUCCUAUCUGUUUACGACAAUGGCUCAGUCUUUAGCCCUGAGGUCCUGGAUCUCACCGAGGAAGACCUGAUUGAGAAAUUUGCUACUGGUGUCUCCAUGGUCACCGCAUUGUCUCUUGCCAUCUCAUACCCAACUCUUGCUGCUGCACCACACAUGUUCAUCAAUGCAUACAAGAACGUCUUGUCUGUCGCAGUUGCAACAGAGUAUUCUUUCCCUCAGGCUGAUAAAGUGAAGGAGUACUUGGCGGAUCCAAGUAAGUUUGCGGUUGCUGUUGCCGCUGUUGCUACUGAUGCGGGUGCAGCCCCAGCUGCUGCUGCUGCGGCAGCUGAGGAGAAGAAACCAGAACCCGAAGAAGAGUCGGAUGAUGAUAUGGGAUUCAGUCUCUUUGACUAAGGUUGUAUUAUUAUUUGUUUGGGUUGCAAGACAUAUCAGUUACAAUGGUGUGGUUGGAUUAUAUUCUCUAGUUUCUCUCUUGUGUAUUUUGAUUGCUUUUUAAGUUUGGAGAAUUUUUAAGUUUAUAAAGUGUUAAAUUUGAUUUCGGUUUA